GACGUCAUCAGAGCGGUCGGACACGGAGUGAGCUUUGGAAAGGUUAGCUAACGGACUUCAACUUGUUGCUUUCACAAAUUCUGGUGCGAUGGCCUCGGCACCGUUCCCGGGGGAAGGGUUGCCGGUUCACGCCCGUGAUCAGGACUUCCUGGAGGUCAUCCAGCAGCAGAUGCGCGUCCCCGACAGGCUGAGAGUCGGGCCGGGGCCGACGGGGGAAGAGGCGCAGGGGAGGGACGAUGACCCACACGUCGCCUACAGCAUGCAGGUGCCCGACCGGCUGUCGUUGAUCGAGGCUCCCGACCUGAGCCCCCGGCCCAUGUUUUCCACCCCCGCCAAACACAGCUCACAACCGCACAUGAGCGCGAAGUGGGACGGCCUGCACCCCAAUAUAAGAGACUCGCUGCAGAGCCCGCUGCGCAGGUCGUACAGUGACCACGGCUUCGGCAGGAGCCCCCCCUCGACCCCCACCCCGCCCAAGCAGGCGCUACACGCCCCCCCUCUUAGUAAGAGCGGGGCCCGGCCCCCCCACCCCAGUGGCCCCCCCAGGCAGCCUGCGGCCCCGCCCAGCCUGCUGUCCCCGAAGAGCAUGCUCCAGACCGCCCGAUCGCUGGGCCAGCAGGCCUCCCACCGCCUCCUGCAGACUGUCACUCAGAAAUACAGCUCCAGGUUCAGCGGCCCGGAGCAGACCCCCCCUCCCACAGCGGAGGCCCCCGCCCACCUGGAGCAGAGCAGGAGUGUGGUGGAGGUGUGGCCUAGUCCGGAGGAGGAUGGGGGAGGGGAUGUGGAGGUCAUGGUGCUGCGCAGACAGGUGCUGAAGAUGAGCCGGCGGCUGGCGGUGUUGGAGCGGCAGAACCUGGAGCACAGGCAGGCCGAGACGCUGCUCUUCUCCCUGCUGCUGUCUGCCUGUCUGCUCAACGGCUGGCUGUGGCUGCGCAGAUAGCCCCGUCUGCGCUCUGUCUGCGCAGACCCCCUGCAGAUAGCCCCGUCUGCACUCUGUCUGCGCAGACCCCCUGCAGAUAGCCCCGUCUGCACUCUGUCUGCGCAGACCCCCUGCAGAUAGCCCGUUUGCACUCUGUCUGCGCAGACCCCCUGCAGAUAGCCCCGUCUGCACUCUGUCUGCGCAGACCCCCUGCAGAUAGCCCCGUCUGCACUCUGUCUGCGCAGUUUGCCUGUAGCUGCUCUGGGCAGCAGCACUUGCACUGAAUGGCAAUGCACUAAAAUACAGAUGGAACAGUCCAAUGAAGAGGGGGGGGCGUGAGAUGGAUAUUUGGACUGGACCAUGACUGGGGAGAGGGGGGUACUGAGUAACUAAAGACUGCACUGACCACUGUCCACACACACACACACCACACUAAACACUAAACACACCACACACACACACCACACUGAACACACCACACACACAUAUACACACCACACUAAACACACACACACACACACACACACACACACACCGCACACACACACACACCACACCACACACUAAACACACCACACACACAUACACACCACACUAAACACACCACACCACACACACACAUACACACCACACUGAACACACCACACACACAUAUACACACCACACUAAACACACACACACACACACACACACACACAUAUACACACCACACUAAACACACACACACACACACACCACACUGAACACACCACACACACAUAUACACACCACACACACACACACACACCACACUAAACACACCACACCACACACACACCACACUGAACACACCACACACAUAUACACACCACACACACACACACACACACACACAUAUACACACCACACUAAACACACACACACAUACACACCACACUAAACACUAAACACAUCACACCACACUGAACACACCACACACACAUAUACACACCACACUAAACACACACACACACACACACACACACAUAUACACACCACACUAAACACACACUCACACACACACACACACCGCACUGCUGUGGACAAACGCUGUUAGGAUGAGCACGUAACUGACAGGUGAUCGGACACCGAGGCUGGGAGAAUUUUGGCACAAAUUGUUGUCUCAGAUCAUUUACCCAGCAGUCAGAGCAAACGCACAGGUAGGCACUACAGGAACAAUGCAUUAUGGCUGUUUACAAUACAAUACAGCUGUUUAGGUGGCUAAUGGAGUUGGUAUUUAUGUAAAUCCUGAGGUUUCAGGUUUAUUCAAAGCCUCGGGUGUGAAGCGUUCUGUUUUAUCAGGUAUACAUUAACCGCAUGAUUGUUUUUUCCUCCCAGAUAUACAGCAUCCCACUGCAGCCCCGCCUCCACUUUGAUGUCACUUCCUGCAUGUAUUUGUGCCAUUAAUUUUGUAGUGAAGGUUUAACUUGCUUGUCUAUAGAUUUGUUUUUUAUGAACCAGAUUUGUUUUGUUAUUAAUAAACCAGAUUUUAUACACCUAUUUAAAAACUUUGCAUGGAUCUCAUUUGAAUGUGAGUUUAACAGAUAAAUGUGGAUUUGAAUGGUUGCUU